CAGGAAUCUUUGCGUUAUCAUUAUCGCGUCUGCUGUCAUUAUCAGCUUAAAAAUACCCAGACUGGGUGUAACGGCUACCAAGAAGGUAGACUUGACAGUUGCUCGUUUGCUUUCGAUGUGGACGGGGAAGCGUCCCUUGCGAAUUGUCGACUGUGUUAAUAAUUUUGUGAAUGUGACUGAUAAUGAUUAAAUUAAUAAUAAUAAUUAUAUAAAUAUAAAUAUUUGAUUCCGAAGCGACAAGUGAUAUGAGAUAUGACGCGUGAUAUUAUAGUGUGUCGUUAAUUAAUAUAAAUUGGUCGAUCGAUCGUGAUUAAUUGAACUUUAUAAAAAUUCAUCGAUUAUUAUUGUUAUUCAUUUAUGAGAUCGCAGGUGUCACGUCUAAAUCGAUAUCGAGCGGAUCGUCUUGAAAUUUUCGGAAAAAGAUGUUCGAGUGGGUUAAUUCGGUUGGACGGUUAUGAUAAGCCAUCGAUCAUCGUCGAUACUCCAGGGACGAAUGGUCCAAUCGAAUUAACUUUUUUAUGGACACGCCCGAUGCUGGUGUCGAUGCUGAAUCAAUUGGAGCGUGGCCCCGAUUUGCUUAUCUAUUUUCGUGAUAUUACGUUGAUAAGAUCAAAUUGGGUGGAGGAUGUCGUGCAGGAAAAAAAUCGAUGCCAAAUUGUGGCUCAGCUACACGACUAUGAUGGAGACCGAGGUGAAGACUUUGAAGCAGGAGCUGGCAAGGACCAGGGAAGCCUUGAGAGCGGCUACCAAGAGAUGCAGGGACCUGGUGCGGGAGCUGGACAACAGGACUGCAGGACGCGAGACAGAGCGAGCCCUUCGCGAUCAGCAGCUAUCCAGGAUUCUGCGGGCUCUUCUAGUCCUGGAGGGUCGAUUGAAACAGGAGCAAAAGUCCAUCAGACAGCUUCUCUGCGAGAAGGACACAGUUAUACGCAAUCAGCAGCUAGAGAUUGCCAAGCUGCGACGUUACACGAAAAAUUACAUAAAGUCCAAGCGCGAGAACGUCGUCUGCAAGGAUACCAUUAAUGAUCAUGAUAGGUCCGCUGAUAAUACGUCGACGGCUGAUCUCCAGAGUGUAAAGAGUGACACGAGCCGAUCGGACAGUAGUCUUAGCAAGGACAUUCAGAAUCUUAAGUGCGAGAUCAUCACCAAGCUUAACGCUGAACAGGAACAACCUAGCACGGGUAUCAGGAAGACCCACAGCUUCGCCGAGAGCGACGUGUCUAAGACCAGUGUGACCAGUAGCGAGAAUAAUACGGACGUGUCGAUCAUCACCACGACGACCGACAGCAGUCCUUCCCUUCUUAGUACCGAAGGGUUCUGCGAGGGAGAGAGCACUGAUGUGUCACCUGGUUCCACUCUGAACAAGUCCAACAGAUGUACACCCACUACGGUCACCGACAGCGACACGGAGCUCACCACCAUAGACGACAGAGUGGAGUUUCCUAGGCGACGCUUCGCGGUCGCCAGGUCUAAGCCGCUGAAGGUGUACAAAAGGUCAGACUCGAAGAACCUGGGCAUCGCCAGGACGGACAGUAAGGACGAUGGUAUGGACUGCAAUUAUGCGUCUGAGGAAGACGAGGACGACGAGGACGAAGAGCAAGAUCAGGAGGAGCCGGUCUAUGAGAACGCUUGCAAGGAGAACAAUGCUAGGAACCUGGAGAAGGUGUCGCGAGUUCUCAGGAGCUCCAGGAUAGAGGUUCAGGAGGAUACGAAUCUUGAGGAGAACAGUGGUAACUGGUACAGUGAUCCUGAUGAAGAUAGAAACAGCGACGAGGUCUUUGGUACUUAUCGUUCCAAUGGAAAUCACAAUUCUGUUCUUGAGUGCGUCAAUCAGAUUCUACUCAGGGACAGGGAGGAAGAGGAUAACGUUCUUUCAGUACCAAGACAAUUCAAGCAUCGCGGUAGAAGAGUCAUAUUCGAGCCUGCUAGACUUUCCGACAUAGAGUCUGUCGGUUCCGAGAUGGAGAGACGUAAUUCCGAUGAAAAUAUUAUUGAUAAGGAUAACAACAACGGGGAUAGCAAUGCGGAUCCUGAAAGUGGAAUGUUUGAGGCUACCAACUCCGAGGAUGAGUUCGGCAUGAAAAUCGUUCAGUCAGCCAAUGUUGUCGUGAGUGAAGUCCUCGCAGAGACUGUCGAGGAGUCCACGGAUGAGACCGUAGAGUCCAAGGCUGUUCCAAUUCUGGUAAUAGAACCGAAGGUGGACGAAGUGUCGUUAAACAAUAAUCCUCAAAAAAUCAAGACGAACGAGUCACCGAGUCCGCCAUUAAGGAUGGAGAGGGAAGAGGAGAAAGCUUGUCUUCAGAUGUCGACUAAGGGUCUGACCAUAGCUAAGAACUUAGACUACGAAGAUAUAGAGUCACUGCCGGAACUGAUCUCACCGUCACCGCCGAAGACGCCACCGGCAUUGCCGCCAAAACCACAAUUCAAAAAUAAUACUUUAGUCUUGAAAAAAAUACCAAGUCCAUCCUUUCUCAUCAAUGAGUCGCACAAGAGACAAUUGUCGUCGGACGGGACGCCCGAACACGAGAAAAAAAGAUUUGGUUUCUCAGUGUCGCCUAAAAGUGUUCCUAAAAACGUACCAACCACGACAGUUCGAACUUUGACCUACGACGAGAGAAACGCCAGGUCGCCGUUGAGAGCGAACGAGUGUUACGACGGUACUCUGAGAAAGAACAAAUUCAACAGUAUUCGCUCUUCCUUUCAAUCGAGACAGAAUCAAGAUGGUUGCCAGGAGAAGCCCAAGAUGGCCAAGGUAACGAAUAUCGUCCGUCAUUUCGAAGAGUUCAAGAUCGGCGAAGCGGAAGAACGUGGAACAAAGGAUCAUCGUACGCGAGACAAGCACCUUGACUUUGAUCAGGAUUUCGACAUCAGACAGAAUUUCGAAGAAUUCAAUCUAGAUGACUGUGAUCUUUCAGAUGAUCCAGAUCGCGCCGAGGCUGAUGGUUCCGAGAGGUUAGGAAGUCUUAUAGCGUCCAAUCAGACUGAAACUGGCGGGAAAGCUAUUAAGGAUUCAAAUUUGAAUGGCGGUUACUAUGACCAUUUCUUGGAAGCCACUGGACUCAGCAACAAGUCCAUCCUGACGCCGUCGCGACUUCUUAGCAAUCAUAAGAGCGUUCUUAAACCUAAGGAUGUUAAGUACAAGAACAAGAUCAAGGCUACGGCCAUCUUAGAGAAACAUGGCGUCUCUGUAACGGAUGCCAGCCACACGCAUGUUAGGCAUUGGACAGGACCGUUUGUAUGACGCGAUCCAAAAGCUUUUUUAAAGUAAAAACUCGUUAACUAUUGUUCUAUCCUAAUUAUCCUAGUUCGACGAUCACGUCGAGAAACAGACAAAGAGAGGUUAGAUACGUGGAUCUUAUGCGAGGGAAGUCAGCGUGAAAACUUUUAUGUUAACGCUUAACAGUAUUUUUAUUUUUUAUUUUACUUUUGGUUCUCAUUUUUGUAUCUCCUCGAUAAGCAAAUCAAUUUUGUAUUUAAUGUUUAGAAAGAUAUGUAACGACAAUGUUGUCCCAAGUAUCCAACACCUUAUACCCGGUGUCCUUAAGGUCGAGGAUCAACCCAUAAUCCUUUGGCGGACUGAAUGCGAUAUCAAGCGAUUAUCAUUGUGAUUUUUUAUUUUUUUCUCCCUUCUAUUAUUAACGAUCGCAAGAGAACAUUAAACGAUUUCUGUAUUAACGUUUAAGUCAAAGAGAGAGAUAUGUUGUUAAGGUCGGUUCGCUAUCCGACCUAAAGUCUUUAACGUAUAAAAGUCAGUUUAUCAUGGAAAUUAUAUUAGCAGACAAAAAAUAUACUUUCGUAUCGUUCAACAAAUU